AUGGACAGCCAAACUGGCGUGAAGGACGCCGUUGACGCCCCACAGUUUGGAUGGUACCAACCCCGCUACUUGCCACGACGUAGCCCGCCCCAGAGCUCCUUCCCACCCCUGUCUAAGAUCGUCGUGAGUGAGGGGCUGGAUGGCAACGUGGGCGAUGAGGAGGCGUUAAGGCGGCGUGCUGAGUUGGGGUUUGCGUGGGAGCGGCUUAGGCCAAUCACAGAGGUGUGGCACGGCCCAGCGAUUAACGACAAAGCGCCGCCCGCGAAGGACUAUGAGCGGCUGCUGCUGGAUGCGCCCUCGGGGAGUCUGCGGUAG